AUGUCUUUUCACGACGAGGAUUACACUCCGCAAUAUUAUGAUCUGGAUACUGCACCUGGUGAUCAGGAUAUGGAGUAUGAGCGUCAAGUUGAUGGAAAGGAAAAUAGGGUGAGAAGAAAUCAAGGCGCUUUUCUGAGCGACGAUAGUACCAAUGUCAUUCACAGACGCAAAGACAUGCAACUUGCUACAAAUCUGAAUGAUAGGAGGGCUUAUGUACAGCGAAAAUGUAGCAGCGACGAGAAACGCCGUAAGAUUUCUCAUGAGUCAUGCAAUUCUGUUGCUUCGACUGCAAAUGCGCUGCCGGUAACGAAUACGUUUUCGGAGGCAGUGAACAGCAUCACAGGAGAAAAUUCUUUGUCUUUAGUGAAAUUAGGAAAACUUGUACGCCAAUUCGAAAUGAAUCUUGAAAAUAAGGAACUGCUAGCGACAAAGAUGAAAGAAGUGAAUGCCAUUAAUCUGCAGCAAGUCAAGAGUAUGCAAAACGCAAUCGACUCAAUGAGACCAUCAUCAGACUCAGUCGUGAGAACUUUAGCUGGAAUCAUAAAAGAGCAAAACAAUAUCAUAGCUGGACUAAGUCUGACUGACCUGCCCGAAAGUCUCGUCACAUUUUUGAUAAAUUUCGUUCUUGAUGGUGUUGGCCUAUACGCAGAAGAACUGCUGAUGAGUGCUAGCGAAUGCGCGCGGCAAUCAAAUAGAUUUUGGCUGGGCCUAGGGAACGACGAUGAGGCGAGGACGAAGAUGUUUGACAGGUUGUCGGAGGCGAGGAUGAAGCUUUGUGGAUUAGCACGAGUGGCUAUAGGAAGAGCUUUAGGUGACCUGCGCGCCUACCAUUUCGAUGCUGAAAAGGAGAUGCUGUCGCCACCCUCGAAAAAACGUUUUUGCCCCGCUACAACGCAAGAUUCUUUGGCGCACGAGCACACGAAUGAGCCAGAGCAUGAGCAAGACGAAGACAUCGAAAGUCUGAAGUCGAUUUGAAUAAUGGAUUCAAUGUCAAAUCUUGAUCUCGACAUUCCUGU